ACUGAUCCUAUUGGCGGAUCCCGCUGUCAAAUCCGGAGGGUCCUGCUCGGAAGGCUCCACUGAUUGGCUACAGGGGUCUGUGUGUGUGUGCAGGCAGAGCAGUCUGUUUGAAUGUGCUGGUGACUGAAGAGGAUCAUUUCCAUGGACCAUCUGUCUUACUGGCUGCGCACAAAACAAAGAAGGACCCAGGAUGGUUUUAGUGCAUGUCGGAUAUCUGGUUCUCCCCGUCUUCGGCUCAGUUAGAAACAGAGGAGCGCACUUCACCAGGCAUCAACACAGCCAUGCUACCUCCUGCCGACACUUUCACCUGGGUGCUCCCCAGGCGCCCAUCUCAGCUGAGUUUCCUCUAGGACAUGCCAGCCAGCCCCCGCAGACAGGCCUGGCCACCCACCUGCCCCCGACACACCAUCCACCCCUCACUGCCCUGCCCGGACCCCCUCAGUUUCAGGAUGUGCCGGGGCCUUCAUUCCUACCUCAGGCCUUACACCAGCAAUACCUCAUCCAGCAGCAGCUCCUCGAAGCGCAGCAUCGCAGGAUCCUCCCACACUCCAGAAGAGCCCAGGAGCGUAUUCCCCUGAACCCUCACAGACUGCGUUCGGGCUACGAGUACUCCCCGCCCCUCCAUGUUCCUCAGCCAAUGACACAACAACCGCGGUACCUGGCCGAAGGCACCGACUGGGAUCUCAGUGUAGAUGCUGGCCUCCCUCACCAUCAGUACCAGCUCCAGCAGCUUCCGCAGCACUAUCAGCAUUACCUGGCCUCCCCUCGAAUGCAUCACUUCCCCAGGAACACAUCCUCUGCACAAGUGGUUGUGCAUGAAAUCAGAAACUACCCAUACCCCCAGCUUCACCUGUUGGCGCUGCAAAGUUUAAAUCCUUCGAGGCACGCCACUGCUGUGCGAGAAAGCUAUGAGGAGCUGCUGCAGCUGGAGGAUCGACUGGGGAGCGUUAGCAGAGGAGCUGUUCAGACAACCAUAGAGAGAUUUACUUUUCCACACAAAUACAAGAAGAGAAAGCCCCUGCAGUUGAAGAUUGGGGAGGAGGAGGAAACAGAUGUUGAUGAAAAAUGUACCAUAUGUUUGUCCAUGCUGGAGGACGGAGAAGAUGUCAGGAGGCUGCCCUGCAUGCACCUCUUCCACCAGGGCUGCGUGGACCAAUGGCUGGCCACCAGCAGAAAGUGUCCAAUCUGUCGAGUUGACAUCGAAACACAGCUGAACCCCGACAGCUGAUGAGAUUCGACACUCUCGUGAUUCAGUCGCCCUCGUGGUGCGAUUCCUGCUUUCUUCCACCCCCGGCUCGCCAGCCUCCCCCACCUUACCCUACCCACCCCACCUCCCUCCACCUCCUCCUUCCCGUCGGGUGCUUUGCCAAAUGUCUCCAGACUUCAUGUGACAUCACCACCCUUCUGAGUCACGCUUUACUGAGCCAAGCCAGGAAAACUAACUGCACGGAGAGGCCGCAAAGGACUCUCUUUAUAUAGAAGCACAUCCCUCUGGAAGCAAAAGACACACUAACAAACACAUACUCAUGUACACAGGGUUUACUUGUAGCUUGCUGGUCUUACGUGGGGUUGUUGUUGCUGUUGUGGUGUUGUACUGUAGGUAGCCUGGGGCUGUGUAGCAUGUCCUCAAAGCCAUGACUUAAUGUCCUGAGACUAGAAAACACAUAACCCCAGACCUAGCUGGCUACUUUUCUCUCUUCUCUUCAAUCUCUCUCUCUUGCUCUCUUUCUACACACACACAUAUAUAUAUAUAUAUAUGUGUGUGUGUGUGUGUGUGUGUAUAUACACACAAAUAUAUAUUUCUCUCUUUUUAAACACAAUCAAAAUGAAUAUUCUGCCACGCAAGAAAGCUUAACAGAAUCUAAAUGCUCUGAUGCCAUGUUUACCUAAAGAUCAUUUGUGGUCGUAGUAGAGUAGCAGUAACCAAUAAGUGAGAUCUGGUGCGACCUCCUCGAGGCCAAGCACCAGCUAGCUGGGUGUUUUAAUUCUCUCAUGCAGCUUUUGACAUUUCGCAGUACAGUUGUGCGUUUACCUUGGGUUGGUGUCAUGUGCAGAUGGUGUCAUGUGAUUAGGUCUCAUUCACUGUCAGGGAAAACCCAGUGACCGAGAUGUUUUUGUGUUUGAAAUUGAAAAAAAAAAAAGAAGAAGAAGAAGAAAAAAAUAAUAGUGUUUUCACCAAAAUGCAUUAUGUCACAGUGUAGCUUGAAUCUCCGCACAGGUUUUAUGUCCACUGCCCAUGCCAUGUGUCACUUCAAGAGACUGCGUCUCACACAAACGUGUUAGUUGAAGAGCACGGCCACUGGAGUGCUUAUACAACACAAAGCCAAAAGAAACAAAAAGAAAACACAAAAAAACCGAAAAGGGAUGAACAACAGAAGCUAUCAUGCACUGCAGAGUGAGGUGGGAGGAUUUAGCUGCCCUUGUACCUGCAUUUCCAUCUGGCACUAGGCCAGUGGCAGAACAGUGCACACUAAAAAACAAAAAAAAAGAUUGCAUGUUUCAUUUUUUGGGUUUGGGGCUCUUGGCUGUGGUAGCGUUUCUUCACUUUUAAUAGGUACAGAGACGCCUGUGCAUGACUUAGUUAAUCUGAGCUGUGACUAUCUUCUGAACACUAACAAAUAUUAAUAAUAAUAACAAUAAUAAUAAUAAUAAUAAUUUUUAAAAAGUCAGUGGUUUGGUCCCCUGACUAGUAGCGCGUGUCAUCCGGUUCCCUUUGGUGGCGACCUUGGGAUCCUGUUUUUUGAUGUUUACCUUAUUGCCUAAAGAACAAGCACAUGUGACGAUAGUUAUAGCAACAAAAGUUUCUCCUCGGCAUCGCGUUUGGUUUAUAUAUAGGUACGGAUUCAUGCAGUGUUUUGAGCUGGGAGAGGAGCUUGCGUAUUGAUCUUGUGUUAUAUUUGUGUGACAGACCUCCCCUCGUGGUUGCUAUGCUGGUUGCUAUGCUGUAUUUGCUAGAACAUGUAGAAACGUGGUGCGACGGAGGCAGCCUCCCUCUCACAGUGCACACAGACACGAGACGACAGGACAGCAGGAAAGCAUUCAGGCUGUUAAAACACACACUCUCUCUCUCUAUCACCACCUCUCUCUUUUUUUUUACCCUUUGUGUCAGCUUGUCACUUCAGUUCCACAGAGCUGUGUGUGUUUGUGUGUGUGUGUGCGCGUGUGUUACAGGACGCCUUUAGGACCCUCAUUGUCCUCUCUGCACUGUGAUAGCAUAUAACAAGGGUAACACUUGGCCCAGAGACUCAAUUAACAAGGCUUACUUCUUCCUGUCUUGUGCACUGCCAGUGUUGACACUGCCUCCUCCUGUAGUGGAGUCAUCCGUGAUGAAAGUUGUCAUAGUUUACACAGGGUGUUGUCAGUUGAGAUGCCUUAAGUAUUUAACAAUCAUAAUUUAUUACUAACUGUAGAUACUGUGGGUAUGUAUUUAAUUUUAUAUAGUUUUUUUUUCUUUUUCUGGAGUUGGGUUGACUGAAUCAUAAUUUAUUUAUUUACAAAUAUAACAUGAAAAGGCUAUUAAAAAAUGGAUACCUCAUGUUUUUUUGGUUGCAUUGUUUUAAAUGGGAAUGCUUUGCAUGCAGUUGUACUUUUUCGGAACACUAAAAGUUAAAACAAAAAAAAAAGGAAAAAAAAAGUUCUGCUGUUUGAUCUCCACAAGCUGGCUGUGCGAUGUUUACUGACCAAGGCUGAGCUACUGAGCCCGUUCUCUCUCUUUCUCUCUCUCUCUUCCUGUCUCUCUCUAUGUCUCUUUUUCUCUUUCAUGUGGUGCUGUGGAUCUUGGUUACAUUCCAUUCAAUGCAAUCUCUCCAAUCCCCCAUGCUGUGAUGUAGUGAACAAACUGCAAGUGAAUUGGUUUUGGUUUGUGACAAUUUUUUUCUUUUUUUUUUUCUUUUGCACUAACUUGUUUAAAAUGGGAACCCUCUCACUGGCAAAAAAAAAAAAAAAUAAUAUUUUAGAUUAUUUAAAUGAACUGGCUUUUAUUUUUUUAUGCUCUGCUUCUCACACAAUGCACUAAGGGUCUUAAUGAAACAUGUUCCUUUGCUUUAACUCAUUGUGUUAUCUCUUCAGUUGUCAUCUCUCUAGUGUUUCUCUGUUCGUUGGUUUCUUAUGUUGUUGUUUUUUUUUUCCAAAAUGCUUUGUAGAUUUAAGCAUAACAAGUGCCUCGCUUUAAGUGUUAGGGGAUAGUUCCAUAUAACGGAAACCAUGAACAACAAUCAGUCCAUCCACCAUGCCUUACUGGUUGCUUAGUUAAUUAAGUGAAUGGAAAACGAAGGAGCUGAGACAACAGUUGACUAAAGCCAUUAUAAUCAAUCAAUCCAAGUCAAGCUGUCCAAAAACUAGCUGCCGGUUUGUAGUACCGAAGCACUGCAUUGCUGUGGAAAUAGCUCUGACUAUAAAGAGGCAUGUUUCACCAUGGGCUUUACAGCGGUCCUUUCGAUGUACUUCUCCAUUCUGUUUUCUCCUCUUCUUUCCGUCUCCGUUUGAUUUUACCGUCCGUUCCUCCUCUCCGACUCUCUCUCUGUUUGCUUUCACAGUCUAAAAAAGGAAGGCAAGGAUUUAAAGCACAACCUUUUCUAAAGAACAAAAAAACAAAUGCAUGUUUUCUCAGGUUUCAGUGUAGUCGCAAUGGUUUCAUAGUAUAUGGUGAAAAUAUAUACAAAGAAUAUAACAGAAAAAAAAUUAUAAAUUUUGUUGCUGCUUGAAUCUGACAAAAACCAACAAGUGAAGAGAAACUAUCCCAAAAAGUGCCAGUGAAAGGGCUGCCGCCAUCCUUGUAUGAAAACCUGCUGUUUAGCUGUGACUGCGCAAUGUUUUUCAAAAUAGGAUAUUUUAUCUGAAAAUAGAACUAUUUAUCAUUAAUAUUAAAGCAAUAGCGCAUUAAAAUGGUUUUGAGCGUGUUGAUGAUGAAGUGGAUGAGCCUGUUAUGGGUAAAUGUUAGAUUUACAUUUGGUGGAAUUUUGUACUUUAUUUAUUAUUACUACUACUAAUAAUGAUGAUAAUGAUCUCAAAGGUUGCAUUGCUAAACCCAAACUGUUCUGUUUUUAAUUUUUAUUUUAUUUCAUGGCUUGUAUAUUAUCCUUUUAUAUGUGCUCUUUUUGUAAUAAACUUGAUAAAAUG